AUGGCUACUACAAAGGAUCAGCUGAACCAAUUCGAGCAAGAGCUUGUGGACAAGGCUGUGGAUGCUAUGCAGAGAGCUUAUUGGUAAGAAACUGGAGAGAAUGAAAAGGAAAAAAAAGAGAUAUUUGCAGCAAAUAUAGCAACUUCAAAGUGGGAGCUGCAGUCGUCUGCGAGGACGGCGAAAUCAUCAUUGGAGGUGAGAGAUUUCGCAUUUUAUAUAUAUAUAUAUAGCAAACUUUGCUCUGCCCGACUUCAUUAGUCCAAACGCACUACGCAUGUGUUUCGCUUCAAAUAUCAUAGUAUACGACACGCGAUUACGCACUAUACACCUGAUUAAUUCGUCCUCAUUUCAGCCAACCAUGAGAAUGCGUCAUAUGGAGCUACGAUCUGCGCGGAGAGAAGCGCCAUGGUCGCAGCGCUGACUAAGGGACACCGAAAGUUCAAGCUCUUGGCAAUUGGUACGUGAAAACGGCCAAAAACCUUGUGGGCGGGGGUCAAUUUUGUAAAAUAGGCCCUUAAUUUAAUAAAGUCGGUUGCAUCUAAUUCAAUGGGAUUUCGAAAAGUGUGGGCGAAUUGUUGCAAAAUGUUGAAAAUGAUCACCCUAAAGUUACCGUACCCUUUUUCAGCAACUGAGCUCGAAGCUCCAUGCUCACCAUGCGGAAUCUGUAGACAAUUUCUUAUCGAGUUUGGAGAUUACAAGGUUGGUACUGAAGGAAAACUGAAUUCAAAUGAUUCAAUGAAGGCGUUUCCAAGUCAGAAAACAAAAAAAGUGAUGCAUAAAAACGCUAUUAAACCAUUCAAUUUCAAAGUAAUCAUCUUGAUUAUUCUUCUGAAAAACAAACAUGGAAAAGUCGGGGAAACAAAAUAAUUGGAAUGUGCACAAAAACAUGGCGAAUGCUCACGUUCUUCCAAGGUGGGGGUGAGGUAGUUUUCCGCGUGACUAAUUUGCUAAAGUCAAGUUGAAAAGUCAUUUCAGCAUAGUCAUGCUCAACUCCUUCCCCCUACACCCAUCAUCACGUCAACCACAAGUUGUUUUGCUUCAGGUGAUCCUUGGAUCCUCGACUAGCAACCAAAUAAUCGAAACUACCACUUAUGGACUCCUUCCGUUUGCCUUUACUCCGAAGAACUUGGACGACCACGAAAAAGAGACCCAUGAGAGAGAAGACCAUGCAACUAAGCAGAAAGUAUAA